AUGCUCCUCCUCCGCCGCCGCCCGCCCGUAUGGCGCUGCCGCACACCAACGACCCGUGUACUGGGGCUCACGGCGCUGCCGCUGAACAAGGUGCCAAUGGGAAUGGGGCACAGAUGCUAUUCGGCGAGUACGACGGAGCAGACGGUGCCGCUGGCGCAUACGAGGAAUAUUGGCAUUAUUGCGCAUAUUGAUGCUGGGAAAACUACGACGACGGAGAGAAUGUUGUAUUACAGCGGCUUUACAAGGAGGAUUGGAGAGGUCGACGAAGGCUCCACCGUAAUGGACUACCUCCCCGCCGAGCGCACCCGCGGCAUCACCAUCACCUCCGCCGCCAUCACCUUCACCUGGACGCCCUCCUCCUCCCCCACCGCCGCCCCCGCCCCACACACCAUAAACCUGAUCGACACCCCCGGCCACGCCGACUUCACCUUCGAAGUCGAACGCUCCAUCCGCGUGCUCGACGGCGCAAUCACCAUCCUUGACGGCGUCGCCGGCGUCGAGGCCCAGACCGAGAAGGUCUGGCGCCAGGCCCACGCCUACUCCAUCCCGCGCAUCAUCUUCGUCAACAAGCUCGACCGCGUCGGCGCGCGCUUCGGCCCCACCGUCAAAGAGGUGGCCGCGAAGCUGAACGGCUGGCCGGCCGUGUGCCAGCUGCCGGUGUAUGACCCCGACACGAGGGGCGGCGAGGAUUUGUUCCGCGGGGUGGUGGACGUGGUGGAGAAGCGGGUGUUUCUGUGGGAUGGGGGCGACGGGCAGAAGAUUGAGCUGCGCGAUUACGAGUGGCUUGAGGAGCAGCGGCCAGAGUUGUAUGAGGAGGCGAAGGCGGCGAGGGUGGCGCUGGUGGAGCUCCUGGCGGAGCAUGAUGAGGAGUUGGUCGAGGUGUUUAUGGAGCUGGAAGACCAUGCUCUCAUCCCUGCGGCGGCGAUCAAGGCGUCGCUGCGCAAGUCUACGUUGAAAGGAGAUGGAAAGAUCAUCCCCAUCUUUGCUGGGGCCAGCUUCCGCAACAUUGGUGUGCAGCCGCUGCUGGACGCUGUUGUGGACCUGCUGCCGUCGCCGCUGGACCGCCCGCCGGUGGCCGUGUCGUAUAACCAAGGGAAGCACCGGGGCACGCUGGACGUCACUGACCAGAGUAAGGUGUGCGCGCUGGCCUUCAAGGUCGUCAAUGAUCCGAAGCGCGGGGCAAUGGUGUUUGUGCGGGUCUACUCAGGGACGCUGACCCGCGCACACAACCUCUUCAACACGAACCUCGGCGUCAAAGAGCGCGCCACCCGGCUGGUCCGCAUGUACGCCGACGAGGCGGUCGACAUCGCCGCCAUCCCGACCGGCCACAUCGGUGUCAUCAUUGGCCUCAAGCACGCGCGCACGGGCGACACCCUCGUCUCCGAGACCACCGGCCCGAGCACCCACAAGUCCAAGCAAAAGAACAGCAAGACCCCGCAGCUCGCCACCGACACGCUGCAGCUGCGGCCCAUCGCCAAGCACCUCGACGAAGCGCUCGCAAUGCUGCUGCGUGAGGACCCCAGCCUGCACAUCAGCAUCGACGAAGACUCUGGCCAGACGCUCAUCAGCGGCAUGGGCGAGCUGCAUCUGGAGAUUGCGCGAGACCGCCUCGUGGGCGACUUCAAGGCGAACGCAGAAAUGGGGCGCAUCCUCAUCUCGUACCGUGAGACCAUCGCCGCUGCGUCCCAGCCCGUCCGCACGGUGUUCGACAGAGAGAUCGCGGGCAAGCGCGCCGCCGCCGCCUGCACCGUCUCUGUCGAGCCCCUCGACCCCACCUCCACCACCGCCACAACAGACGACGGAAACACCAUAACUAUCACCAUCACAACACCCCAGAUCACCGAUCCUGCCACGGGCGAAAGCACAGACACCCGCCUGCCCAAAUGGCUGACCACUUCGGAGCUCGAAACCGCGCUGCAGAACGGCGCAUCAGCGGCCCUCGGCCGCGGCCCCGCACUCGGCUUUCCCGUGCGUGGCAUCGCAGCUCACGUCAGCGUCGACGUGUCGACCGACGUCCUCGGCCCCGAGAGCACCCUUGCUGCGUUCUCGUCCGCGGCACGGGUUGCCACGACGGCGGCGUUGAAGGAGGCGGCGGGCGGGGAGAGCGUGCUGAUGGAGCCGGUGAUGGACGUGGUGGUGACGUGCGAAGAGAAGGACCUUGGUAAGGUCGUUGGCGACAUCUCGGGUGCACGUGGGGGUCAUGUGCUGGAGCUUGGGGGACUGGAUGCUGAGGCCGAUGCUGAGGCUGCAGGCGGUGAGGUGGAGAGAGAGGUCGACUUGAUGAGGGUGUAUGCCCCUGGGGUAAAGCGGAGCGUGGAGAGUAGGGAUGAGGGCGGGAGGAAGCGGAGUGUGAGGGCGAGGGUGCCGCUGAAGGAAAUGGUGGGGUACUUGAAGCACCUGAGGGGCAUCACGGCCGGGAGAGGCACGUUUGUGAUGAGUCUGGAGGGAUGGGAGAGGAUGAAUGGGAAUAGGGUGAGGGAGGUGGUGGCGGAGGUUAGGGGUGGGUAG